UGUGGGCUAUAUAAACCGGCUGCCGGGAGCUCAGCCUGUCAGUCAGAGGGAGAACAGCACUCCAACUCACUGCCUGCACUCAGCCAGGUGAGUGACACUCAGCACCUUACCGACAGACCACACUCACUGCCUGCACUCAGCCCUGAGAGGGGGGAGAGGGGGACACUCACUGCCUGCACUCAGCCCUGAGAGGGAGAGGGGACACUCACUGCCUGCACUCAGCCCUGAGAGGGAGAGGGGACACUCACUGCCUGCACUCAGCCCUGAGAGGGAGAGGGGACACUCACUGCCUGCACUCAGCCCUGAGAGGAGGGGGACACUCACUGCCUGCACUCAGCCCUGAGAGGGACACACUCACUGCCUGCACUCAGCCCUGAGGAGGAGAGGGACACUCACUGCCUGCACUCAGCCCUGGGAGGGCGGGGGCACUCACUGCCUGCACUCAGCCCUGAGAGGGGGACACACUCACUGCCUGCACUCAGCCCUGAGGGAGAGAGGGGGACACUCACUGCCUGCACUCAGCCCUGAGGGAGGGAGAGGGACACUCACCUGCCUGCAGCCCUGAGGAGGGCGGGGGACACUCACUGCUGCACUCACAGCCCUGAGGGGCAGGGGACGCACUGCCUGCACUCAGCCCUGAGGAGGGAGGGACACUCACUGCCUGCACUCAGCCCUGAGAGGGAGAGGGACACUCACUGCCUGCACUCAGCCCUGAGAGGGGCAGGGGACACUCACUGCCUGCACUCAGCCCUGAGAGGGGGGGGGGGACACUCACUGCUGCACUCAGCCCUGAGGAGGGGGGACACUCACUGCACUCCAGCCCUGAGGAGGGGACACUCCUGCUUGCACUCAGCCCUGAGGGACACUGCCUGCACUCAGCCCUGGGUUUCACUGCCUGCACUCAGCCCUGAGGAGAGAGGGACACUCACUGCCUGCAUAGCCCUGGGAGGGAGGGGACACUCACUGCCUGCCUCAGCCCUGGGAGGGAGAGGAGGGACGCUCACUGCCUGCACUCCAGCCCUAUGACAGCCCUGGGAGGGAGGGGACACUCACUGCCUGCACUCAGCCCUGGGAGGGAGAGGGGGACACUCACUGCCUGCACUCAGCCCUGGGAGGGAGAGGGGGGGACACUCACUGCCUGCACUCAGCCCUGGGAGGGAGAGGGGGGGGGCACUCACUGCCAUUGUUUUAGGCUAAAUCUUGCAGUUUGUAUUCAGUAAAUCGCCUACUCAGUGAUAGAUUUGAGGGUUAUUGGGUCCCAUGGUUUGGGGUUGACUGCUUGGUCCAUGGUCUUGGUAGUUGUGGUGGCACACAGACUGUGGACCCAACAUGUGGCCUUCAUUAAAGGUACAGAAUCCGUGUCUCUGGCUGCACUCCCCAUGCCAGCUGCUAGUAUAGGCGCUUGCCUUGGCACAUGUAAUGUAUCCCAGGGGAUGAACUAAACGCUGCUCUCCCAUUAGAAUAUAGCUGGCUUGGCCCUCAGGGACUGACUGGCAUGGUGCAGCCCUGGCAAUAAUACCACGUGUGUCAGACACCCUAUUGGGGGGUAAAUAAGUAAAACUAACUUACCCUGGUAAGAUAUCUGCAUGUAGAAUAGGACCCCUCCAGGCCCUCAGUCAUAGAAAAGACAUAUACCAAAAUAAAGGGGAAAACAUGGGGCAAUAUUGCAGUGUCUAAAAUAAUAUUAAAAUUGGUAAAACGCACUCACAAACCCAAAUUGAUUGCAGGCGUAUCCUCGUAUCAGAAUUGCAGAAUAUAGGCGAGAAAAUAAAGUGAUAGUGCAGAGUUUCUAUAACAAUAUAUACCUUUAAUAAAUAUUGCAUUUUAAUAUAUUAGACUUUUUUUUUUUUUUUUUUUUGCAUUGUAGUUGCUUGAUUUUUGGUAUACGUAUCUUCUAGUCCUGGCAGUAACUAACUUUAUCUGGUCAGUCCGCCCUGCCUGGUCACACUGGCUGGAUAAUCACCUCUCUGGACCGCUGCCAGUUCUGGAGUCUUGCACCAGUCCUGAUAACCCAUGCAAUGCUGUUUUUUAGAGUGGCACCAUUCAUGGUACUUGAUGUGCGUUUCUGCCAUGUGUAGCUCAGAUGGCUUCCCUAAUGAGGCAGUAAUGGGGUAACCUUUAAGUCCAGGGCAGAUUCCGUUUAAUAUGACAGAUGAGAUUUUCCCAGAACUGGAGAACCCAUGUUCCAGACUGUCAGUGCUUUAGCUCGUCCAUGUUUAAUCACGCAGUGAGAUCCUCUGCCAAGGACACUGUAUAGUCUAGCUGUGAAGUGCUAGCUCUUUUUGAGUCUGUCUGCACUGGCAGAGGGUAAUACAUGUUGGUACCCACUGCAGGCAGAUCCUGGUUCUACUACUCUGUUAAACUACCCAGUUUGCAGGUUUUCACUUAUAUUUUUAUUACCACUUCCCAUUCUGUGCAGCAUUCAUUUGGUAAUCAUCUUAGACUUUCUCAUUUUAUGGCUGUGACCCCGCAGCUCUCUAACCUGCCCAGGUAGAUAAUAACCUUUUUAUUGGAGCUGCUUGUGGUUAGGGCUGGGACGUUCUAACUGCCCACAUUGUGCCAUGACUGCUUUAAUAUCCUGAAGUUGUAGGAAAGCUCUGUGCUGACAGUGUGCUUGCGCUGAGCUCCCUCCCUGGCAGGCUGUGUGCAGUUAACCCUCUGUUUGUCCAGGGCGGUGGGUUAUGAGUGCUGCCCUUCAAGGGGUUAAUGUUGGCUGUUGGCCAGGCCGGUGCAGGUUACACGUCUGCAAUCUGUCCUUAUUAGCUUGGCCGGUUCCUGGCUUAAAUGUCUCCUAUAUUUAGCAUUGUUUCCUCAGUGUGAAAUGCUGAUAUUGGACGUCACUGGGUACUGCAGAAUGUCAGCACACUCAGCCCUAUAAUGCCCCAUGCUGGGGGAGGGGGUAUUGACUGUGGGGAAGUUUAAUAAAACUUUUAGACUGUGGGCAGCUUAGUGCUUUUUAUGAAGUGCAAUCAUGCCAAAGUUGGCAUUGGGGGCACAGACCAGUCUCUCUGCCCCUCUGUAAACCAUGUGCCAUAAUGAAUUCUGGGUGUUCUUGGGCCUUCAUACUCUUUAGAGUGCAAGCUCCCUGGGAUAUCAGAGUGCAAGCUGUUACUGGCUUGCUUGUAGCGAUGUUCAGAUUAACGCUGCGGGCACUAGCAGAUAGUUUAGGGGUUCUGCCACUUUCUGGUAAUUAGGCACCGUACAUGUGGGAUAUGGUGUAAGUUGCUCCUGGACUCUCAAAUACUCUGAACCUGUUGUGUGACGCUGGCCUGCAAGCUGACAUCGCCUGGCAGACUGUAAACUGAUACCAGGACUGCCAUGUUACCUCCAUUCUGGACUUGUAUUCCACGUCUGUUCUGCUGGCCUCGCUGUAAUGUACCCCCUUGCCGGCCCCCAUGUGUGGUAUUUUAGGGGCAGUCUAAGCUUCAUGUUGCAUAUAAUCUGUGCCACCAUACCCACUCCCAUAAUGCUUUGCAGUAUAGUAUGCUUUAAUCCUGGAGAUGUCCACCUUGUGCUCUUGGCACACUUGGUCUGUGGUGUGACCACUGCUGGACGUGCCACACGUUGCAUAUGGCAAACUGGCAGCCAUGGCAUUCGGUCACUGACCCAGGGCUGUACAGAGUGGCAGUGACUCCUGCCACUUCCAGUUUCUGUUUCAGCCAUGGUACUAUAUGGAAAAUGGCAUUAAAUGGCCAAUAAGCCAUGUUUUCUAUCUAUGCGUGGAGGCGCAGGAGUGCAUGGACCUGUGGGGGGGAGGGGAGCAGGUGUUCCUGCAGUGGGGGUGCUAUUGGUGUAAACCCUGACUUUAUGUAACAUACUGAUGGUGCAGGGCUGCUUUGGGCAAUAAAAUCCUAAACUCCCCAUACCAGCUGAUAUCCAGAACCAGGCAUUGGGUCUUUCCAGUCAGUGCUAGCUCAGUACCGGUCUGUUAUAAAGUGGGCAGUGAUGCAAAAUGAUGGUUCCUGGUGGCACAAUGGCUACAUAACUCUUUAUAAAGCUUGUUGAGUUGUCGAGCUGGGAAGAUGUUAUGAUGGCAGUAUUGGUGGCUAAUACACUAUGUAAUGGAGGGUGCUGGGGCAGAAGGUGGUGUGUGGCUUAUGGCUGCUGUAGAAUGUGCCAGCUAUGGACAGAACAGUCAUUGUGGUAUAAAUGUCAGACAGUGUCUUGUUAGAUAGCGGACUCCAUGCCGGCAGGUGUUGCUCCCUCCCCUGGGUGUUCACUCGGCUGCUGAUUACUGCAUGUGCAGACUUGUCUCUCACAAAAUACAAGCCAGCAUUAACAUGACUUGGCUGAAGCUGUGCUUGGCCUGGGGGUACAGCUAGGUAUGAGGGUGCCCUCAGCAAGCAGCACUUGGAGAAAUGCCAUGUCCUGGCAGCCUGGGACAUCUGCUGGGAGUCUUGCAGAGCUUUGCCAACUGGCACUGCCAGCCUUGGGGGAAUAUUAACUUGUUUGUUUUUUUUAGUCUAUCAAACACGGUUUGAUUCCCUAUGAACUAUGACCUCCCAAGGGUAAUACUCCGCUAAACAAAGCAGGAGAAUGAGGGUGCAUUCACUCAUAACUAAUGGGUGGACACCACUCCCAUUCAGUUACCUCCUAAUAAAUGGCACAAAGUAAAAAAGAAACCUUUAUUGAUCAAAGAGAACAAAACACCUGUGUAUAUGUAAACUAAAUAAUAAUUAGAAAGAAGUGAAGAACAGUGAACAAAACACUGGGUCCCUAAAUGGACCUGAAUACAGGUCGAAUAAAUAUCGCCAGCAAAUAUCAGUAUAGGAUCCUCUCAAGAAGGAUCAGAUUAAAGCCAAAUUAAGCCCUAAGACUACUCCUAUACCAGGCUCCCACAUCUACUAGAACAGUCUGUACAGCAAGUCUCCUAUACCGGGCUCCCACAUCUACUAGAACAGUCUGUACAGCCAGUCUCCUAUACCGGGCUCCCACAUCUACUAGAACACAGUCUGUACAGCCAGUCUCCUAUACCGGGCUCCCACAUCUACUAGAACAGUCUGUACAGCAAGUCUCCUAUACCGGGCUCCCACAUCUACUAGAACAGUCUGUACAGCAAGUCUCCUAUACCGGGCUCCCACACCACAUGUACACUUAUAUCCAGCCCAGUGAGAUUCAGUAAGUCACAGCACUGCCCACUGGGAGGGAAUGGUGAUGUUGGCACACAAUAUGCCCACAUUGCCCUACAGAAUCAGUUCCAUUUGCCAGUUUUCAGAUACACCAAGUUAGCUGAGUAUUAAACUUGAAAACAAAAGGUUAUGGUGUUGGAUUAACCAGUAACUAACCUAAAUGGUUACUGGGGGUAACAGAUAUAUAACCUCAAUACACAAAACAAAGCAGGAUAAUGAGGGUGCAUUCACUCAUAACUAAUGGGUGGACACCACUCCCAUUCAGUUACCUCCUAAUAAAUGGCACAAAAAAGUGAAAAAAGAAACCUAUAGGAGACUUUCUGUACAGACUGUGUUCUAGUAGACGUGGGAAUAUACCUUUAAUUGGGGAAAGGGGGGGGGGAGGGGUGGAAGAACACUGUUAAAAGCUGCAGAUUUCAUGGCUCUCGUCUUUCUCUGACUGUUUGUGCCAGGGAAUACACCAAUCAGUGGCUCACUAAGCGGCUGGAUCCUAAUGCACAUACAGUUAUGACUUCUCAAUGAACUUCUAUAAGUUAUUGCGAGGCUCCACAUGCAGAGCACUUUGGCUUGCUGCUGUGUUCCUUUAAGGUGAAGCGGGUUUUCUUUAUAAAUAUUUUACCUGGAAGGACGUGGGCCCCUGGGACGGCUGCCGUACAGUUAAAAUGUUCCAUGUUUGUGCUGCGAUUCCAGGCCAGGAAGGUUUAGUCUGUUUGCUGAGAUACUUGCAUUGUUUGUGCUGUCCCUCUCCUAAAUGGACUGUAAAUAUUUGCUUAGUUUUGAUAAGAAUUUCACCUUAACAUGAUCCGCACGGUCUGUAGAGACGGUAGCCUCGUGCCAUCAUUCUGAAGCCACUCUAACAAUAUAAGCAGAGUCUAUUUAUUUUAUGGGCUAGGAAUAAAGUGCAAUAAUUUACAGGUGUAAAUCCAGCUAUCACACUACCCUCCAUAUCAGGCCUAAUAAUGAGGUCUGUCGGUGCGUAACAUUAAACUUCACAGCAGCCUCUGCUCCCUGGAGGUUUGAGUCCCAAUCUACAAACCACUUCUAGUGUUACUCUAGCCAUUCUCCUGAAACAAGCUUUCUAUAGUUGGGCAUUCUCUCUCUCCUCUUGGCAGGUGAGCUAUUAAUUGGUGUGCUACUGUGUGUAGGUGGCAUCCAGCGUACUGGUUCCUGUACGGUCUAUUAGUCAUGUAACUGUAAACUAACAGAACUGUCUGUAGACUCUAGGAAGGGACUUUGACUCUUCUGAGUUUCUCUUCUGUUGCUCCUACAGCUGUUACUCACUUUCUGAAUCUGUAUCCCUUCUUUCUGCACAGCAAGUGGAUCCAGUAACUGCUGUACAUGAGAUGGGUGGCUAGAAAGACUUCAGAUGAAAUAGAACUGCAACUCUUAUGAUUUUGCAAACCACAAUUUAGUGUUUUGGUUGUGAUCUAGAAUGCAUAGUAAAUUCUUCAUGUAUCUAACACUGAUCUCCUCUUCCGCAGCUGAUCCUCCGUCUCCAGCCCUUGACAUGGCAGACAAAGAAACCAACAGAGACUGCUCUUCCAAGUCGUGCAGCGUCCUGACCUGGGAACAAGUCAGCCGUCUGAACAGCUUCCUCACUGAGGUGGUCCCAAUACACGGACGUGGCAACUUCCCUACCUUAAAGAUCACACUGAAGGACAUUGUACAGACUGUGCGCAGCAAGCUGGAUGAGGUGGGAGUCAAAGUGCGCGAUGUUCGACUCAACGGCUCUGCAGCAAGUCAUGUCUUGGUUAAAGACAAUGGCCUUGGUUACAAAGAUCUGGACCUAAUCUUUGGUGUGACUUUGUCUUCUGAGGCAGAAUUUCAGCGCGUUAAGGAUGUAGUGAUCGGGUCACUGUUGAACUUCUUGCCUGCUGGGGUAAACAAAGAGAAAAUCAGCCCUGUGACCCUCAAAGAGGCAUAUGUUCAAAAGCUGGUUAAGGUCUUUACUGACACAGACCGGUGGAGUCUAAUCUCUCUGUCAAACAAAGAUGGGAGAAACAUUGAGCUCAAGUUUGUGAAUUCUAUCCGCCGCCAGUUCGAGUUCAGCGUGGACUCCUUCCAGAUUAUCCUGGACUCUCUGCUGUUUUACCACGACUGCUCAGAAAACCCAAUGUCUGAACACUUCCACCCAACUGUGAUUGGAGAAAGCAUGUACGGGGAUUUUGAAGCUGCGUUCGAGCACCUCCGCCAUAAGCUUAUUGCUACCAAAAACCCAGAGGAGAUCAGGGGUGGAGGACUAAUGAAAUACAGCAACCUUCUAGUCCGGGACUUUAAACCUGCAGACAAAGAGCAGAUCAAAUCUCUGGAACGCUACAUGUGCUCCCGGUUCUUCAUUGACUUCUCAGACAUUUUUGAGCAGCAGCGAAAGCUGGAAUCCUAUCUUCAGAAUCACUUCAUUGGCGAGGAGAAAAGCAAAUAUGACUACUUAAUGAUCCUGCGCAAGGUGGUCAAUGAAAGCACAGUGUGCCUUAUGGGCCAUGAGCGCAGACAGACUCUGAACCUAAUAUCACUGUUGGCUCUCCGGGUGCUUGCUGAGCAAAACAUCAUACCAAACGCUACCAACGUCACCUGUUACUACCAACCGGCACCAUAUGUCAGCGACCCCAACUUCAGUAACUACUACAUUGCCAACUCGCCAGUGUCCUACCCAACGUGGCUGCCAUGUAGUUAGACACCACCUCUCCUAAUGCUCUCUGGGACAAUGCUCAGGAAGGAGUCCUGAGGACGCUGGUUUGACUCUUGGGUCAUAUCUUUGAGCAUCUUAUUGGAAAAGGGUGAACCCUGCUCCAAGAUUCAUUGUUUAGGGGUUUUCUCCAAACUACUGCCCCCCCCCCCCUUUGAAGUGUGGCUCUUGGCAGUGUCCUCAGUGUCUGGGGAGCUUCUAUGGGCUGACUACUUCAUGGCUGAAGUGUCUGUCCACACUGAGUGAAGGGCAUAAAUGGGAUUUAUUGUGAGUGAACGCAGUCUGCAGGGCAGCUUGCAUUUUGAGGUGAAAUAAUAAAUUUUUUUUUUUUUUAUUUUUUUUAAUGAAUCUCACAACUCAGUUAAGAUGUGGGCCCCAGCUGUGGAAUAUAUAAACUCACUGCCUGGCCUCUUCCCCGCUUCAACAUGGGUACAAACUAUUGCUACGUGGUCCUUUAUUGACCUUUAAAGAUGAAAAAAAUAAAAAAAAAACUUUAAAAAGAAAAACCAAAACAAAUACUAUGACUAAAAAUACAAAAAUGUGAAUUUUUCUUUUUUCCUUUUUAUCUCAGAAUACAGAAACGGGAUAAAGAUUGGAAAGUGUUAAUUUUGUGUGUGGUGAGCGGGUGUUCCUUUUCUCUAUGUAUCGGACAGUCAAUGUGGAUUGAAUCGACCAACACAAUAUUUAUGUUGACGUUUUGAAUGUAAAGAUCAAGAUUGGAUUUUUUUUUUUUUUUUCUAUUUGGAAAUGUUUGUUCUGAUGUGGGUUUAUUGCUGUAACUGUCUGCUCCCAGAUGCAGUGAGGCGUCCUUUUUUAUUUAAUCCAUGGCUUGUUCAGAGACAGCCCCCACCCUGUGCUGCAGGUUUCAAUAUUGGAGUGUUCCUGUCUCUGCCACGCUUGCAGGUUUAACUCCAUAGUUCUGGGGAAGUCCUGAAUCCAUUAACAGAUUAAAUGCUGGCAAGCAAUGUGACUUGGCCAUGCAUAUCUCAGUUGCUGGCAACAAGGGUUAAUCCUGCUAACUGCAGCUUUAUAUAUGAAUUUAACACCCCACAUAUGGGGGUUUAGUGGCAACACAAGGCCUGUGCCCCAUGCCCUCAGUCAUGCCAUGGGUUAGUUAACUGGAGGGGGUGCCUACCGAUGUGCCUUAAUAUUUACGCUUAAGAUGUUGAAUAGCUUCUGUAUGAACACUCCUGAUCCUGUAUAGCCCUGUGGCAAUGAAAUGGUCUGUAAAAUUGUUGGCCACAAUCCACUCAGGGAUAUUGCUGCCUGUUUAAACCCCUCCACCAGUGCCUACUCUGCUGUUUAAACACUUUCCUCAGCCAGUGCAAAGCCCCUGGAAGCUUCCAGUUUAACCCCCCCCUUAAGGACCACUCACAUUGCCAUCGUCAGUCUCCCCUUGAAAUGUCAUGCUGGCUUAGUAUCUGUGGCUCCAUAGAGAGCUGCCGGCUCUAAAUUAGGGUGACAUUCCACUCUGGGACUAUGUUCUCUAAACACCAGGUUUUGGAGAGGAGGUACACCCAGUUUUCAGAACUACAUUUCCCAUGGUGCAUUGUCAGCGUUGUAGCUCUUAAAGAAACAUGGGUGUUGUAGUUCUGACGCAGCUGGCUCUCUGACCCUUUAAGAACUAAAACUAAACUCCCUCUCCAUUAUUGGGAGUUGUGGUGACUUAAGGUAAUGCUCCCAUUUUGGUCAGCUUUGCCUCAAAUUCACCCAAAGCACAGCUUGGAGUGCGCGGGCUUCUGCUGUCAUGGGACCAAUUCCUAGCUGACAUUUUGGGUGCUUGCAGUAGUCCAAACAGGGGUCACAAACUGUGCAUUAAAGGGUUACUAGCUAUUGCCCAGCAGUUCAGCUAUCGAUGGGUUUAUGUCUCCAGCUCGACAUUAGACUUGUAUUCUGGUGCUAAAAGAUCAAAAUAAACCCUUAACCAAAACAUACUGUCUGGUGUCUUCUGUGCGUCCUGUUAAUGUUGGGGUACAG